AUGAAUUCUCCUCCUGGAGAUCAGGUGCGAGAUCGGUAUUGCGGACUUAUUCCCGAGAUGCAGCCAUUUUUGUCUUUAGAUUCAACCAUUCUUACAAUCGACAUUUAUAACUUACAUUUGAUAUUUUGUCUCUGCUUCACCAUUAUUCACCUUCAAUCGGCACUCAAAAAAGCUUUCAUUUUAGUAAUGGUUGCAUUGCAAUAUAAUAAUGUUAAGGCUGGAACAUCUUUAACUGAGCAUAUGGAACCCUUACAAACUAUGACUUUUACAACCACUUCUAACCUUUGUGAUAAUGCAAAUUCUUCAAGUCAACUCAUGGUUGCAUUGCAAGAUAAUAAUGAUAAGGCUGGAACAUCUUUAACUGAACAUAUGGAACCCUUACAAACUGUGACUUUUACAACCACUUCUAACCUUUGUGAUAAUGCAAAUUCUUCAAGUCAACUCAUGGUUGCAGUGCAAGAUAAUAAUGAUAAGGCUGGAACAUCUUUAACUGAGCAUAUGGAACCCUUACAAACUGUGAUUUUUGCAACCACUUCUUUAAGUGAACAUUUGUAUGGUACACCUACUCAUAACCUUAAUCAUAAACAAUUCAUCCCUCAUUGUGAGAAAAAUCUGAUACCAGUAUUGCAUAUGACUUUUGAUUCAUUAGAAGAAGGGGUGAAAUUCUAUGAAACAUAUGCUAAGUCUUGUGGUUUUGACAUUAGAUCAGGGACUAAGAAAGUCUAUAAAGGUGUUGUUACAUCUAAAUACUAUUUUUGUAAUAAACAAGGGAUGAGGGAAGAGAAAUUAGGUGCAUUGAGAAGAAGGCUUGUAACUCGUGAAGAUUGUUAUGCUAAAAUUGGUUUUCAAAGGACUAAAGAGGGUAAAUAUUGGGUGUAUAAAUUUAUUGAAGCCCAUAGCCACAUUCUUGCCUCACCUAUUUCUAGGCAACAUUUAAAAGGGUCAUGUAGUUUAAACAGUGGACAAAAAAGAUACAUUAUGAACAAUUUGAACUUGAAUAAAGGUCCAACAAGUUCAUAUAGGAUGUGGAAAGAACAAGUUGAUGAUACUAAAUCUCUAUCGAAGGCAAUUUGGGCAGAUGGUAUUAGUAGGAGAAACUAUUCAUUGUUUGGUGAUUCGAUAUCUGUGGAUGCUACUUAUGGUACUAACAAGUAUAAUCAAAUUUUUGUUCCUUUCACGGGUGUUGACCAUCACAAAAAAUGUGUUACUUUUGCUGUCGGUCUUAUUAGUAGGGAAGAUGUAUCUUCUUAUACUUGGUUAUUUGAAUCUUUUUUGAGGGCAAUGGAUGGAAAAGAACCAGAUUCCAUUAUAACAGACCAAUAUCCAGCCAUAAAAAUUGCUCUACCCAAUGUUUUUGACAAGUCUAUUCAUAAAUUCUGUUGUUGGCAUAUAAUGAAGAAACUAACUGAUAAAGUUUCUAUUGAGUUACGUAAUGAUGAUGAGUUUUUAAGAAGAAUUAAUAGACUUGUAUAUAAUAGGGAUAAUGAGCCCCAUGAAUUUGAAGAUCAGUGGUCAAAAAUGAUGUCGGAUUAUGAGCAUGCUAAUUUAAGAAAUAAUGACCGGUUGAAUAGUAUGUAUGAUAUUAUAGAAAUGUGA